UGUUCUGCUAACUGCUUAAUUUGUUACAAACCUUGGGGUCUCAAAUAUUCAACAAUAUCACGUACGUACAGUUCUCGAUCUGAAUGGCGAAUUUUACAUCCUGGCUUCUCUUUAUAAUUGGCUUCUGUGUUUUGAUUCUUGCCUUGGAACCCAAGCUUCGUGCAUUGGCCGACGACAGUACUGGUAACGUGGGUGGUGUUGGUAGUGAAGUAUGGGAGCUUUGUGAUACAGACUUGAGGAGUUUCCUACCUCCACCAUAUGCCAAUCUAUCUGGUGUGGUCUGUAAGCCCGUUUGGAAUACUUUUAUCUUGAGGUACUCACAGAGUGAAGAUCAUGUUGUGAACAUUAUAUUAUCAGCUGUAUACACCAGUGGAUGGGUGGGAAUUGGAUUUUCGAAAGAUGGAAUGAUGGUUGGUUCUAGUGCCAUGGCGGGAUGGCUUAAUAGAAAAGGUCGUGCAAGAGUCAAGCAGUACUAUUUGCAAGGUUCAAAGGAGUGGCAAGUCAUACCAGACAAAGGAGAAUUGCCACUCACUGGUGUUCCCGCUUCUGUUGUGAUUCAUGGGGCCACUAUUUAUUUGGCAUUUCAGUUGAAAUUUCAAACUCACCUGGCUCGCCAGCCCAUUAUAUUGGCUUUUGGAAGCGCAUAUCCUAAGCACUCCGGCCACCUAUCUGAGCAUGAUGACAAAGCAACCGUCACCUUCGACUUCUCUGCAGGUUCGGUGUCCGCUGAAUCCACCGAUUUUGGCAAGAUGAAGAAGAACCAUGGGAUAUUGGGUAUAAUCGGAUGGGGUCUAAUCCUUCCUAUUGGCGCAAUUGUCCCAAGAUACUUCAAGCACAAGGACCCCCUAUGGUAUUAUCUUCAUUCAGUCAUUCAACUUGUGGGGUUUGUCAUCGGGCUUGCUGCCGUGAUACUUGGCCGACGGCUUUAUAAUACAAUAAACGCCAAUUUUCCGACGCAUAGAGGCAUAGGAAUCUUUGUUCUUGUACUUAGUAUUCUUCAGAUUCUGGCAUUCUUUCUACGACCUAACAAAGAUGCCAAGGUUCGCAAGUUCUGGAACUGGUACCACCAUUGGAUUGGAAGAUUUGCCCUCUUCUUUGGAGCUCUGAACAUAGUGUUGGGAAUCCAAAUUGGAGGUGCAGGAAGUGAUUGGAAGAUAGGCUACGGAUUUCUUGUCGGUGUGGUUCUUGUUGCUGUCAUUGUUCUGGAAGCAUUGGCAUGGAUGAGAAGGUCAGAGAAGACUACUACCAUGGAUCCAUCCUUCCAAAUGAAUCCAGUUGAAUGAAUAAGUUGCAUUCCUAGUCCUAGUACUUUGACUACAAGGUUGGCAAUUGAUGCUGCAUGUUGCAUGCCGUGCUCUUAAAAGGGGGCAAGCUCGUUGGACCUCCUCCUGGUUCAACUUUCACAUCAACUGGUCCCAACUUGUGUUUUGAUCAAACCCUAGAAGUUCAUGUGUGGGAUUUCCUAGUGCAGAUGCUAGAGAAUCAAAUUGAAGAGCUGGAUUAAUGUUUUGCUAAAUUGGAGAAUACCAAUGCAUGCCAGCUUCCCCCUCAGCUAAAACUAACUGAGUGAUGAACAUGAAGUUAUGAACUUCCUAUUUUCCUGUACAAAGUAUAUGUUUACCUUGUGUGAGCAAGUGAGCAUAAAGCCUGGUUUGCUUCUGGAA